AUGUAUUCCCAACACGGUGCCCCUAUGGCACCUCCCCAAAAGCCGGAGACGUUUAUGCUUUCCACUGAGGCCCAGCAAAGCCUUCCACAUGACGCGCAAGUCGCGCUGCAGCAGGUUGACAAUCUCAAAUACUUUCUCCUCUCGGCGCCGGUAGACUGGCAUGCAGAUCAACUUAUCCGACGCUUCUUGCUUCCUACUGGCGACUAUAUCUCUUGCGUCUUAUGGAGCAACCUCUUCCACAUCUCCGGAACCGACAUCGUGAGAUGCCUCGCAUUCAGAUUCCAGGCCUUCGGGCGCCCUGUGAAGAAUUCGAAGAAGUUCGAGGAGGGUAUCUUCUCGGACUUGCGAAACCUCAAGGCCGGAACUGAUGCUACUCUAGAAGAACCCAAGAGCCCGUUCCUCGACUUCCUCUACAAGAACAAUUGCAUUCGAACCCAGAAAAAGCAGAAAGUCUUCUACUGGUACAGCGUGCCACACGAUCGGCUGUUUCUUGAUGCGUUGGAACGUGAUCUGAAGCGGGAGAAAAUGGGGCAGGAGGCGACCACGGUUGCGGUCAGCGAGCCUGCUCUGUCUUUCGAGUUCGAUUCAUCCCAGUCGCUGUAUGAACAACUCACAAAGGCACAACAAGCAAAUUCCUCAUCGUUUGCUGCACACGCAAGUACGACAUAUGGCCAACCCGCAUCCCCAGUGGUUCGGACCGUUGACGCUAUGCCUCCUCCCCAGAUGGCUCCCCAGAUGGCUCCCCAGAUGGCUCCCCCGGCGCUACCCCUUCUCCCGGACGAGUCGGGCAACCCGGCGAUGUACAACCCAGUUCCUAUGCCCACCACCCUGGCCCAGAGCGUUAUUAAGCGCGAAGCAGAGUACGGGCACAUCCAAUACGACCGCAAUGGCAUGCCCAUUGCUCGUCUGCACCAGCGCCAUGCCUCCAUGCCCACCUUCGUCGAAUACUCGCCAGCGCCAUCGUUCGUUUCGUCUCAAUACGAGGACUACAGCAACCGGGGUCUAUCGUUCGAGCCUGUUACACCUCCUCAGCACAGCUCCCACCUUGGAGCUGAACCGGCAUACAUCGCUAACGAAGACACCGGUCUCUACACCGCCAUCCCCGAUAUCUCUUCCGCAACUCACUUCAAUCCAAUGAUGCAGCUACCCCCGUCGAAUCUUGCCCAUGCUCACUACCCGGCGCCUGCGAGAACUUUCCCUUCAAAUGUCUACUCGGUCAUCGAAGGCUCUCCUACGUACAAGCAACGUAGGCGCCGGUCUUCGAUACCCCCGAGUAUCACCAGCGUUGGCGCUGGCCCGCACCCCCAGGUGACGAGUGCACCGAACCAAGCUGUUGCGUACGCGGCCCAUAAACCCAGCGACCUUCGUCGUUCAGUCUCUAGCUCGGUGGCUCCGGUAGCGGAGGUGGAUGAGUCUCAUCAUGAUCAGUCUUUCAGGGCUGCCAAUGGCUAUCGCGCUGCAGUCCUUCCCCAGAAGAAUUUGCUGCAUGAGAUGUCCCGCAACAGCACCCCGCUGCCGAGCCUCGAGGAAAACCCCGAGCAGGGUACCUUGGCUCUUGCAAAUCAACCAGAUGAGUUAGCGCCUCUCCCUAGUGGUGAGGCGCUAGAUGCAUCUGUCCAGAACAGUGCGACGAAUAAGUCUGACCGAUACGGUCCCAUUCGUCGUGCUCGGAGCGCUACCAUGAUGGAGCUCGGCCCCUACCCGCAGAAGUCACACUCCUGCCCCAUUCCAUCAUGCGGGCGCCUCUUCAAGAGAUUAGAACAUCUGAAACGGCACGUGAGAACACACACCCAGGAGAGGCCUUACCCUUGUCCUUACUGCAACAAAGCAUUCUCCCGAUCGGAUAACCUGGCACAACACCGUCGAAUCCACGAGGCUCAACAGGAUGGGCAGCAGCCCCUUUCUGGCCACGAGGAAGACCUGGAAAAUGAAGAGAACGGAUUUGGUUCGGCCGAGGAGGGCUCGUCCCCGUCUGAAUCUGUCUCAGGUGCCAUGGUCAAUGUUCCUGGCAUGACCACGAUGCCCUCCGCUAUGACCUUGCCUUCGGCUAUGCCCACAAUGGUCGCUCCUCAUAUGAUUGCGCCUCAACUCUUGCAGCAGCAGCUAUGA